CACCGCCCAGGCCUCUGGUUGCCGUAUCUGGAAACUAGCCUUGUGUUCCCUAUGUUGUGCCUCGGGCGGAAUGCGACUCAAUGCGAAAUGGCCACUACCACAGCCGAAGCAGGUUGAAGAUACUUAACUACACCAAAUGCCACCGUUGUAGAAAAUGAAUGUACCAUAUAAACUUGUCAAUAGGACAGCAACAACACCGAUUAUAACACAGUACUCUUUCACUCUUUUUCGCAUUUCUUCGGCAAGCCUUUUCUUUUUUUUCCCCCUUUCCCCUUAGGAAUCAAACGAUAUCAACCGACACCAUGGCAGCUCCAGAGAAGUUCGUCUUCUACAACUACACGCCGUCUAUGGCUGCGGCAGUCAUAUUCAUCAUAGUAUUUGCCCUCUCUGCGCUAUACCACAUCUGGCUGCUCGUCAAGAACCGGGUAUGGUACUUUAUCCCGUUCGUGAUAGGAUGCCUAUUCGAAUGUGUUGGUUACAUCGGGCGAGCAAUGUCAAAUGCCGAGUCACCGAAUUAUACCAAGAAUCCAUACAUCAUCCAAUCUGUUCUACUGCUCCUCGGACCGACACUUUAUGCGGCAUCCAUCUACAUGAUCCUGGGUCGCUUGGUGGUGCUUCUCGAGGCAGAUAACUACUCGAUGAUCCGGCCGAAAUGGUUAACGAAAGUUUUCGUCCUCGGCGAUGUCCUGUCCUUCUUCGCGCAAGGUGGAGGAGGUGGAAUGUUGACGACGGCCAAGACGCAAGACGACGUGCGCCGGGGCGAGAACAUCAUCCUGGGCGGCCUGGGCAUCCAGAUCCUCUUCUUCGGCUUCUUCGUGGUCGUGACGGCCGUGUUCCACCGGCGCAUCCGCAACGACCCGACGCCCAAGUCGGUGCGCAUCUUGGCGCCCUGGAGGAAGCUGUUGUACACGCUCUACGGCACCUCCAUGCUCAUCAUGAUCCGAUCCAUCUACCGUGUGGCCGAGUACGCCGAGGGCUCCGGCGGCGAGCUCCAGUCCAAGGAGUUUUGGCUCUACAUCUUCGACGCCCUGCCCAUGGUCUUCGUGGCUCUCGCUUUCAACUGGAUGCACCCCAGCAAGGUCAUCAGCCGUCAGACCACCCUCGAGACCUCGUCAUCGUAUGCCAUGGAGGACGGCCUGGAGAGUUCGAGAUCCGCACGCAACAACGAAUACAAGUGAGUGGGAAAGAAGUGCUGGGAGGGCGGUCAAGAUUUGUCGAGGCUGAUGGGAAAAGUUUAGUCGUUUGUGAUACGAAUCGCUCAUACCCAUGGUCAAACUGGAGCGACUGGGACAGAGCUGAGAGAUCAUAGAGAUAGGGCAUAACUCCUUUUUUAGAGCGCUUGUAUUCAUUUUCAUUUUCAUUCUUUCCUUUGUACAACUCA